AUGGCUUCAAAAUCACCCAUUCUCCCUCAAGAGGGCAAGCGCAACAUUCUUAUCACCAGUGCCCUUCCCUACGUCAACAACAUCCCCCAUCUGGGCAACAUCAUUGGCAGUGUCCUCUCUGCCGACGUGUUUGCUCGCUACUGCAGAGCCCGAGGCCUCAACACCAUCUACAUCUGCGGUUCCGACGAGUACGGUACCGCUACCGAGACCAAGGCUCUCGAGGAAGGUCUCUCGCCCGCCGACCUUUGCGCCAAGUACCACGCCCUUCACAAGGGGGUCUACGACUGGUUCCGAAUCGACUUUGACAUCUUCGGCCGAACGCCAACCGAUCAACAGACGCAAAUUGUGCAACACAUUUUCAAGGAGCUUUGGAAGAACAACUACAUUGAGGAGCGCGAGACUACUCAGCCUUUCUGUUCGCAUCCUAACCAUGGCAAGUUCCUUGCAGACCGUUUCGUCGAGGGAGAAUGUAGCAUCUGCCACGACCUCGGUGCUCGUGGUGAUCAAUGCGAUGCUUGUGGUAGCCUUAUCGACCCCUUCGAGCCUGAGCGCGAGCCCAGCGCUUCAGAGGAUGACCAUGUUGAGGCCAAGGCCACUGGCUUCCUGAUCAACCCCCGCUGCAAGGUUGAUGGCACCACCCCCGAAAAGCGAAGGACCAAGCACCUCUUCCUCCGUCUCGACGCCAUCAAGGACCUUCUCGUCCCCUGGUUCCAUAAGAGCAGCAAGGAGGGAGACUGGAGCGCCAACUGUGUCUCUAUUACUCAAUCAUGGAUCGACAAGGGACUACUUCCCCGUGGUAUCACUCGAGAUCUCAAGUGGGGUGUUCCCAUUCCUCAGGACCUCGAGGGCUUGAGCAACGAGGAAUAUGCCGAGAAGGUGUUUUACGUCUGGUUCGAUGCCUGCAUUGGCUACGUUUCUAUCACCAAGAACUUGGUGGACGGCGAUAAUUUGGAUGGUACAAACUGGGAGAAGUGGUGGAAGAACCCCGAGAAUGUCAAGCUCUAUCAGUUCAUGGGCAAGGACAACGUGCCAUUCCACACCAUCAUCUUCCCUGCCUCUCAGCUUGGAACAGGAGAGAACUGGACCAAGGUCCACAAGAUGUCAACAACCGAAUACCUUAACUACGAGGGUGGAAAGUUCAGCAAGUCCCGUGGUGUUGGCGUGUUUGGUAACACUGCCAAGGAAACUGGCAUUGAUCCCGAUGUCUGGCGAUACUACCUUCUCUCGAGACGUCCCGAAACUGCCGACUCUGAGUUCAAGUGGCAAGAAUUCAUUGACUGCAAUAACAACGACCUUCUCAAGAACCUCGGUAACCUGAACCAGCGAAUCCUCAAGUUCACCCAGGCCAAGUUUGAUGGUGUUGUGCCCGACUACACCAAGUACACAGAUGAGCGCCUGGAAGAGCACAAGAAGGAGGUCAACGAGGCUCUCAAGGUCUUCAUCGACCAAUUCGAUGCCAUCAAGCUUCGUGCUGGACUUGCUUCUGUCAUGCAUAUCUCGUCUCUCGGUAACAAGCUUCUACAAGAUAGCAAGCUGAACAACCAGCUUCUUGCCGACGAGCCUGACCGUUGCGCCGCUGUCAUCGGUCUCGGCAUCAACCACCUGCAGCUCCUUGCUAGCAUCGUCUACCCUUACAUGCCCUCAACUUCGGACGCUAUCCUGGAGCAGAUCGGCAGCCCCGGCCUGGUCUCGAUUCCCGACACAUGGACCGGUGACAUGAUCAAGCCCGGCCAGAAGAUUGGUGAGCCCAAGCUUCUCUUCACACAGAUCCCCGCGUCCAAGCUCGACGAGUGGCGCGAGGCCUUUGGUGGUGAGGAGGUCCGAAGGCAGAAGGCUCUCGAGGCGGAAAAGGCUGCGGCUAGAAAGGCUGCCAAGGAUAAGAAGAAGCAGAAGAAGCUCGCUAUCCGCGAAGCCGAAAAGACUGGCGAGGGAUCGGCUGAGAAGAAGACAACGGAGGAAAAGACUGCCGAGGAGAAGAAGCCAGUCGAGGCUACUGCUGUCGAUCUGCUUCCCGAUAACAAGCCUUCAGAGACAUAG